AUAAUCGACAGAUAAGAAUCUCACCACUCUUACUUUCAAAGCAGACCGCUGGCGCCCCGAACGAAGAAGUUCUCACAUAUAAACCGAAAUUUACAAUAGACUUCGAGAAAUUGUUUCUUAUCCUCCAGACUUGGUCGUUUUGCUUUUGUUCACCUAAAUUUUCCAUCAUUCAGUUAUCUGACAGCAUGUCUCGCCAGCUCAUAUCUAGUGAAAAAUUUCCUCCCAAGCCCCAUAACUGCCCCGCAGUCAAAGUUCCGGGACUUGUUUUUUGCGCAGGACAAACAGCUACCGGAGAAAUCAAACAGGCGACAAGGACUGUUUUGCAAAAUCUGAAAGAGGUUCUUGAGCUUGCAGGCUCAUCGCUGGAGCAGGUGGUCAAGUACAAUGUUUACCUCGCCGAUAUGAAGGAUUUUGCCGCGAUGAAUGAGGUGUACAUUGAUUUCCUACCCAAGCCGAUGCCAUCACGAUCAUGUCUUCAGGCACUGCCUCCGGGCGAAGGAACUGUUAUUGAAAUCGAGUGCAUUGCUCAGGUCUAA